AGAUGUCGGCUCGGUCAUGUGAUCAGCUGUGUUCAAUCACAGCUGAUCUCAUGGGACAUGUACACUGAUCAUCAGGGAACUGAUGAUCAGUGUGCCCUGAUGAUCUGUGUAGCCCCAGCAGUGCCACCUGUCAGUGUACAUCAAUGCCAGCUGUCAGUGUUCAUCAGUGCCACCUGCAAUGCCCAUCAUGCCACAUCAAUGCCUACCAGUACACAUCAAUGCCACAUAUCAGUGCCCAUCUGAGCUGCCUUUCAGUGUCACCUAUCAGUGCCAGUCAGUGCCACCUAUCAAUGCCAGUCAGUGCCACCUAUCAGUGCUGCUAAUCAGUGCCACCUAUCAGUGCCAGUCAGUGCUGCCUAUCAGUGCCAGUCAGUGCCGACUAUCAGUGUGCAUCAGUGCCGCCUAUUAGUGCCCAUCAGUG